GUCGUGUUCAGCCUAAGGUAUUUUGAAACGUGAAGAAUGGGAAAUAGUAUGUCUGGAAAACAACAAAAUCAAUGACUGCGAAAAAAAUACUUUUCUUAUUUGCUUUCAUGCGGAUUUCAACAAAAGAUGAAGAAAUGACUGGAUUGACGUCAGUACUGUUUAUGUACGAGACGGGUACACACGUAACUUCUUUGUAUUGACAUUCAACAGGGUAUGGAACUAUUGCUAUCAGAGUUGUAUUGAAGGAAGUAUAUAAAAGAUACAGGUGAGAGAGCUAAGUGAUUGAUAAUUUUACCAUGGAGAAUGAUAAACUUACCACGGAGAAACAUAACUUUACCAUGGAGAAUGAUAAAAUAACCAUGGAGAAAGAUAUACUUCAGACAGAGUUCAAAAAACUUACCAUUGAGAAAGAUAAACUUAACAUGGAAAAUAAUAAACUUAACAUGGAUGAAGAUAAACUUACAACGAAAAAUGAUGGGAAUAGAGUUAUAGAUAAAGUGAAUGGAGCCUUGACUGGAAACAUGCAAAAGAAAGAAAAGGAAACCUCAGAUGACCCAUUUGUACAUGAAGAUAAAGAAAGUUUUGAUGGCAGGAAAAAAUCUAAAGAAAGAACUAACAAUGAAAAAGCCAAUGGGGCUUUGACAAAAACAGUGAAAGCAAAACAUGUGAACAUGGGGGAUAAAACAUCAUCAGAUCAUGGUGAAAUGACAGCACAGAAACAAGCACCCUCUUAUAGUGAAGCAAAUUAUCUGAAAACUCUAGAGUGGAUGGAAGCAAGUUCAAAAGAAUCAUUUGAAAUCUACAGCCGAACAAAACGUAAGUUAUAUGAUUUACACAAUAAACCUCGGGCCAAGAAUUACAGUAAACACAAAGAAAUAGCUUAUGAUUUUUCAAAAAAGAAACCUGAUGUUUAUUUGUUGGAUACAUCAAAAUUCAGAAGUGAUGAUAUUGGAAGUAACACUGACAGUUGUGAAAAUUUAAGGUCUGAUUUGCAGACCAGUGAUCUAGAUGAUAAUGUCCCUCGGUUGACAUUGUUACAACUGUCUAAAUCAGCUGAAACUGGCAAUGUAAAUGAAGCACACAAAGCUGGUUUUAGAAAUGAGAAACCGAUUCCAGACAAUGUUCCACCUCCCCCACCUCUGUUAAGUCUUGACAGAUCAUGCUCACUGCCACAGGCUCCAUUACCUCUUGAAAGAUCAUGUUCACUGCCACCAAGAUCCUUGACAACAAGUGAGUCGCAAUCAAUCCCUGUUCCACCGCCCCCACCAUCCAUUCAAUGGCGACCACCUAAUCAAAGAGGCAUUGUAACAAGGAGUCCGAUAGUCAGACCAAAAACAAAGCAGUCUGAUCUGACUGACGCUGAAGAACAAUCACCAGGAACAAGUAGUAAUCAAGAGAGUGAUGAUGAUAUUGAGCUAGAGGUAGCUCGAGAAGUGUUUAGAACAAUGAUAGGCAAUGUUCGGCCAUUUAUUCCGAUGGGUGAAAACGAGCCAAAUCCAGACAGAAUGCAGUUGGAGGAGCUUCAAACAGCAAUCAUGGAUUUAAGAUACCUUGAACAGGCCAUGUUUGAAGCAGAUGAGUUCAUGGAUCUUGACUUUGAUGAAUUUGGUGGUUUUAAUUUUGAGCUUCCGCACUUCAGUGAAAAGAGUGUUGAACCUUCUUUUGCAAGAGGCGAUGAAGUCAUUACUGAAUGUUUGAUAUGUUACGAUGAAGUGAAGUUGCAUAAGCGACUUUGUUGUGAUUACCCAGCCUGCGAUAACUGUAUGGAGCAGUACAUAGAAACUAACGUUACACAAGGUGUCGUGAAAAUCCCAUGUCUCGGUCAUGAGAGCUGUAAUGCUUUUAUAUACAGAGAUGAAAUUCUCGGAAGACUUUCAGUUCCAAUGAAAGAUAAAUACUAUAAGUUUUUAGUCGACGCUAACAAAGAUCCGAAGGUCAAGACUUGCCCGAGGUGUAGCAAUAUAACUCAAAUAACAGACGAGCAAUCAGAAAAGAAAACAAAGUAUGGCCUGUUAAUCACAUGUUCAGAAUGCCAUUUUGAUUGGUGUUUUGAAUGUCAGGCACCAUGGCACAAUGGGAUCAAAUGUAAAGAGUUCAGAAAAGGGGACAAAUUGGUGAAGUCAUGGGCAAAAGAGAAGCACUAUGGCAACACAAAUGCACAGAAGUGUCCAAAGUGCAAAAUUUUUAUAGAACGCAAAGGGGGAUGUGAUCAUAUGGUAUGCCUGAAAUGUGACACAGGUUUCUGUUACAAGUGCGGAGGUCGGUACCUGGAUAUGAAGUUUUUCGGGAACCAUCUGAGUCGUUACAGUCCACUGGGAUGUAAAUAUAACUUUAAACCGGACAAGCCGGUGCUGAGGAAACUGAUCAGAGGAUCCGUGUUUGGGGCCAAGCUUCUGGGUGGAGUGGUGUUGGUUGGGCUUGGAGUAGCUGCGGUAGGGGUCCUGUUAGGGGCCAGUGUUGUUAUACUUCCAGCAUUCGGAGCAUACAAGUAUCGUAGGCACAGAAAGUUCAAACGGCGACAAAAACGACAACAGGAACUAAUAAAGAACCGGUCCAAGAAUGCGAUAAUGGAGUUGCAUCGUGAGCGUCCAUAUAUGCUUGACCCAAGGUCACUUCGAGAACGCGAGAGUCUUUGGGAAACUCUAGUGAGAGAAGAUGCUAUAAGGAGGUCCUCUAGAUUUGUGGGGAACGACACAGUACAUAUUGGAAUACAGACUGGCAAGUCUCAACAGGUUGAUGUUACUGUUCAUAAUCCAUAUCAGCCAGAUGCAUUGGUAGCUAAGGAUGAUCAGCAACAGAGUUCAGAAAUAAGAAUGAAUAUCACGGAUGACCGCGGUCAAGUGACUGUUACAACUGCAGAAAUUUCCCAUAAUUCCACUGCAGGAGACGGCUCCGAAGCGGAGAUAGUGCUUCAUGUCAAAACAUCUUACCCAAAAAAUGAGAAAGAGGCUAAGCCCCAAAUAGUUGAAAAAAGUGAAGCAACUCUAAGUACUGAAUCACACUUUGAAAAUUCAGACGUUACUAAGUCUGAUCUUGACACUAAGGUUGAUGUCAAUGAUUCAAGUUGUUCUUCAAAACUUUCAUCUACCCAAAAUCCUUCAGAAGUCAGACCCACGUCUGCUCAGGUUCACAGGAGAGCUCACUCUACAGGAAGUGUGAGGAAGAAUUUGAAGAAACAGGACUUUGGGUCUAUUUCCAGAAAAUGGAGAUUGAAGUCCUUAUCCAGUAGAAAAACAAGUGAAAGUGAUUCCACAGAGUCUUCUGCACAACUUAGUCUAGAUCAGCCAGAAAGCUUGAAUAUAUUAGAGAAUAACAAGCCUCCAGUUGAUAUUGAUGAAAGUUCAGAUCCUGAAAAUCUGACACAGUCUGGGUGUUUUUUGAAGCUUCUAGGGAAAAAAAUAAAUACAUACCAGAUUCAGAUUGAAAAAGAAAAGCAGCUUGCAUCUAAAUCAGACUCCAGUUUAGGUGAUAGGUUGAAUUGCCCAGAUGUAGUGUCCUGUGCCUUAGAAGCAGAAAGGAAAAGUAAGGAGAAUUUAGAAAAUGUAGGUCAAGGUCAAACAAAUGUUAAGGUUGGUCAGAAAGAUACCACCGCUGGUGUUGUUCCCACUGAAACUGAUUCAACUGCCUUGUAAGAAAAGGUUUUCAAUCGAAGAUAUUAUUUUUAACAUGGUAUUGUAGAUAUUUAUAGUAUUUAUGUGUAUAUCUUAAGCUAGCUAUAAAUUGAGCUACAUGUUUAAUUACGCAGCAUUGGUAUCAUAUUAAUAUUAGUGUUGUUUUGUCUGCGUGCUUUUAACCAACAUUGGUAAUCACAUCUCCAUACCAUGGCCAAGUGGAUAUGGUUGCUGACUUAGCUUACCACUUGCUCUUCACUGCUGUGGGUUCGAAUCCCACCAGGAACUUUUUUGAUUCUUAAACAUGUGGAAUCUAUUUGGCUGGCUUAUUGUGAGACUUUAAACCUAUCCAAAGCAAACUACAAAAAACAACAACAAAGAAACAUGCAUAUAAAUAUGACUGUACUUCAAUAAGUAAAUAUAACUUAAAUCUUUUGAAAAGUUGCGGGGUAUGGGGGUUAUAAGAAGAUUUGGGUCAGGAGCCUCUUUGUUCUAUAAAUUAUUCAUUUACCUGAAGAUGAUUUUGUAAAAAAUAUUUUUUUUUUUGGAUGUUUUUUUUAUUUUGGAAAAUAAUCUUUGUUGUUUGAAUUUAUUACUUAAUUAGUUAUGUGAUUUUUGCUUAUUUUGUUGUUGUUGUUAGUUUUAUUUAACAAAGAAAAAACAAGAUGUGAUUUAUUUUGUGCAAUUAACAAUGGAUAUUUAUUGUGCUUAUUAACUUAUUUAAAAACUUUAUGUUAACUUAAUAAUCAUGUUUUUUUUUGUUUUUUUUUUAUUGAAUUUUUCUUUUGAAAUUAAUUUAUUUAGAUGUUAAGAUAAAGGAAGGAUAUUUUAUUUAUAGAAACAAGAAGGAAUCUUGAAGACUUAAAAUAUCGGGAAUCUGGACAAUUCCCUUCCAAAUUAUUAUUAACAACACAGACAUUUUCACUCUCAUUAUUUUUGCAGGGUGGACAAUUCCCUUCCCUUUGCUUUCUUUUGAGCCUGGACAACUCACUCUUUAAUAUUUUUAUCAGAAAAAAAGUAAAGUAAAAGUUUAAAAAAAAAAAAAUGUAUUGAUCUCAGUAAGUAAUACCUUUAUAAAACAUGAUUAAUUUAUGUUCUAAACAUGCAUAUUUAAUUAACUGGUAGGUGACAAUUAAAGGUCUUAAUUCAUCCAAAAGAGACAUGAAAAUCUGCCACACUAGGUCAAUAAGAAUGUUAGUCUUAAAAUCUACAUUGGAGGGGAAUUGUUGGAAAUUCCAGUUGUCAGGGUAAUCUAAAUGUAUUUCUAAAUUUUGUAACAUGUUAAUUUUUUUUCAAUAUCUCCACUUACAAUAGAUCUAUUCUGAAGAAUAUUGUGUCACCUUUUCUCAGGUGUGAAAUGUUUAUUCAGCCUCAUUCCAUUUGCAUCUGUGUUCACUUUAUUUCCUUGCUCUUUUUACAUUUUGUGUUGUUGUUGUUUUGUUUUUUUCUAGAAAGUGUACCUGGUAAAUUUUAAUGCUGUAGCACUUGGUAUUUUUUAUAAUGUUCAUUUUAAUGCUGUGUCAAUUGCUGUGUUUCUUUUCAAUAUAAUGGAAGCCAGUAGCCAAGUGCUUAAUGUUGCCAACUUCAAAUCACUUACCUCUAACUGUUAUAGAUUUGAAUACCGUCACAAACUGUAGAUUCUUUCAUGUGCGGAAAGCUCUUGAACUACCUCACGGAAGGUCGGUGGUUCUACUUAGGUAUCCGAUUGUGCCUGAAAUAAUGCAUGGAGUGGCACCUGAGGUCUUAUUGACCAUCAAAGGUGUAUAAAUUUACCACAUGAUCUUUACAAGCAAAUUGAUAAGAUAGUGCACAGUUUAGUUUCUGUUCUUAGCUCUUUGGUAGAUGGUGUGACUGGAAUAAUAUAGUCAUUUUCAUUUUGUGCUUUUGUUAUGUAGAAAAUAACUAGUUAGAAAAUAACUGGUUGAAGUUUUUCGAUUUUAGUUGUAUGAGUGGGCAUUGAUAUUUUACUCAUAUCUGCCGUGUAUGUUCAUUUUUUUCCCAUAAUUUGAAUCUCAUAAAAAAAAAAAAACAUUAAAAAAUAUAAUUGAAGAAAAAAAAUUAAAAGAAAAUUUUUUAUUGAAGAAGAAAAUUUACCUUUUUUUAACAAAAGAAUUCUUAAAAAAUUUGCUCUAUGUAUAUUAUUAUUAAAUUUUGUUUUCAUAUUACUUGCGUUUUGUUUCCAAUUUUAAAGCAUUCCAUACUAUCUAUAUACAACAUAUAGGAAAGAAAUGUAUAAAAUGAUGUGAUAUUAUAAAAGUCAUUUCUAGUCUGGGGAUUUAGGAAUUAGUUUUUUUGUUUUUGUAUUUAAGCUGAUACCAUCGACAUAAAAACUGGCAAACGAAGGCCUUUAUUACUAUGUAACAAAACAUGAGGGAUAUUCACCGAUUUUUUAGGGUUUGUUUGAUAUUUUAUAAGGGAGACCACUGAGACUGGACAGGAAAUACAAAAUGUAGUUUAUUUACGAUUCUUCUUUCAUGUGAUGCAGGUCUAGACCAAUAAUUUGUAUUCAAAAUUUCAGAUCAUUAGCUCACUCUUUUUUUCCCUUUUUUUCAGAAUGAUAAUUUGAAUUGUAAAAAAUGUCUCAAAAUUGAAAAACUUGGCAAUGCUUUUUACUCGAAAUCAGGCUAAGAUUAACACAAAAUUAUAAUUUUAAUUGAUUUCUGGGUAUAUUUCUUAAUUAUCUUUAAUUUGCAUAUCAUUUUGUUUAUGUGCCCUAGUUGAUAUAUGUGAGAAAUUCAAAUAGAUCACAGUGGAGUUCCUUUAAGUAUUUUAUUUUUACAUUUAUAAAGGCUUAGUUAUUGUUAGAAUUAUAGCUAGCUCAUUGACAGAAUAUUCAUUAAUGUUGUUACUACUGUCUAGUGAAGUUGAUUUGUGUGUGAAAUUAUGAAGAGUGUAAAUAUGUUUCUCAAAGUCAGUAGAACAGCAAGGUCAGAAAGGUUAGGAAAAGAAACUGUAAGAAAUAUGUUAAAUUUGGAUUUUCAUAAUUACAGCAAAAUCAUAAUUACGCUUGGGGCACUAAUUGUUGUGAUUUUUGUCGAUCCACAAAUUUAAGAUGUAACAUGGUUUUAUUUCAUCUGUUAUUAUUUUUGCAUAACAUUAAUUGCAGCUUACUAUUUGAAAUUGUAGUUGGUUAAAAGUGAUUAAUCUGUAAGCUGGUUUUUCUUGGAGUGAGAAAAAAAAACAUCAAUUAAUUAAUUAAUUUCCUGGUUUCAUGUAUAUGUACAAACCAAUGUUGUAAUUGUAUUGAUUGAUGAUGAAACAGAGGUUCAAACCACUCUGUGUAGGGUAGUAGGGUUAAAUAUUUGUUUUUUAUAAAAUCACAGUGAAUUAUAUAUUGUUUUAGAUUUUAGAAAAUUGUGAAAUGUAAAUUUAGGAGUCAGUCAUUGGUGGAGAAAAUGGUAAGUACUGGUUGUUUAUCCAGGAAAGCCCACAGUAUAUAAACAAAAUCACUGUACCCUGCCUUUUGAGCCUAUAUAAUUCAAUGUGUACCCUGUCUUGUGAGUAAAAUCACAUGCUACUUCUGAUCUGUGUACCCUACUUUGGAGCCUAUAUAUUUUAAUUUGUGCGAUAACAGGAAGUAGACUUGUUUAUUUACUGUGAAAUCGGUUAGAUGGAUCAGUUGACAAGAUAUGACCAAAAAUGUGUUAGAAUUGUUUCAAAAACAAGAGAAACCAACAAAUCAAGUAACAUUGACACUAAGUGUCCACGCAUAUUUUGCUUGUAAGGUAUCAGUUUUCCCCUAUAUGUGUUUGUAGCAUGGUAGAAAUGGCAGAAAUAUGCUCUGUAAAAAAAUUGAAAAUUCCUUCAUAGUUUGUGUAAAACACAUGAUGUUUAUGUACAAAAUAACAGAUAAUGGUACUGCAUUGUAUAAUAGAGACGCCAAAAGACAGAGUUUUAAACUGUAAUGAGUUUCCCAUUUUUUUAUAUUUUUUCAAAAAAAGUAUUUUCCUUGUAUACAUUUGUGUUAAAUUGAUUCUUGCAGUAUAUUUUUGUUUUUCUUUAAGAACAACAAUACUCUGAACAAUGAACUUCCUUGUGACAAGUUUUCUUUUAUGAAUAUAUCAUUAGUGCUGUGACAUUUGAAUAAAACAGUGUAUGUAUUCAUAUUAAGCACAAAGGAAAAAAGAAAAUAAAGAAGAAUUUGUUUAUAAUAUAACUAUAUACUACUGAAAAUUGAUGGAAUAGAGGUACAAAAUGCAUUACUCAUUUAUCUUAUAUAAUACUGUGAUGUUUUUAUUUUUUACUUGCAAAAUGUUAAAGAAAUGUGUGAAUACUAAUGGAUGUAUAUUUGAUUAGAAAAAACAGUGUCAUUUGAUAAAAUAAUGAUUUUAUUUGAUAUUUUUGCAGGACAACAUUUAUUAUGAAGUGAACAAACAGAGUCACAUUUCUUAUGAUUCAUUAUAUGAAAUGUAUUAGAUAUGUAAGAGACUCUUAACAAAUAUGCUUUUAGAUUGAAUAUAUUCUACUACGUAAUACGUUAAUAUGACAUAACUAUCAAUUUUAAAAUGUCAAUAUCAUCGCUGUACUAGUAAUAUAUUUUACUUUGUAACUUGUUAAUAUGACGUACCUGACAAUUAAGAAAUGUCAAUAAUGUCCAGUGGCUUGGAUAUAUAUGGUCUCCUACUUGGAAUCAUUUGUACUUUACCGAUGUUUGUUCCGAUUCCAUCUUGUAGAAGGUUUUGGAUGCCAUUUUGCUUUAAGACCUUCUUUUGCUGAGUUAAUUAUUGAAUUAAUUGUACUUUGAUAUUUGUGAUUAAAUUGAAACAUGCAUUUGGUUAUUUCCAUUUAAUGAAUAUUGAUCUGUUGUUUUUUUAGCUUACAUGUCACAAAGUGACAGGGUGAGCUUUUGUGAUCGCUUUUCGUCCGGCGUCCGUCCGUAAACUUUUACUUUAAAUGAAAUCUCCUCAUAAACCACUAAGCCAAUUUCAUCCAAACUUCACAGGAAUGUUCCUUUGGUGGUCACCUUUAAAAAUUGUUCAAAGAAUUUAAUUCCAUUUAGAACUCUGGUUGCCAUGGCAACCGAAAGAAAAAACUUGAAAUAUCUUCUCUUAAAAAACCCCAAGAGCUAGAGCUUAGAUAUUAUGCAUGAAACAUCUUCUAAUGUGUGUCUACAAAGUUUGUAAAAAUAAAAGCCCUGGGGUCAAAAUUGGCCCCGCCCCAGGGGGUCAUUGAUUUUCCCUAUAUGCAUAUAGUAAAAACUUAAAAAAUCUUCUUUUAAAGAACUCAAAGAGCUAGAGCUAAGAUAUUUAGCAUGAAACAUGUUCUAAUUGGUGUCUACCAAGUUUGUUCAAAUAAAAGCCCUGGGGUCAAAAUUUGCCCCGCCCCGGGGGUUAUUGAUUUUCCUUUUAUGUAUAUAGCAAAAACUUAAAAAAUCUUCUUUGAAAAAACCCAAAUAGCUGGAGUUUAGAUAUUAAGCAUGAAACAUCUUCUAGUGAGUGUCUACAAAGUUUGUUCAAAUAAAAGCCCUGGAGUCAAAAUUGGCCCUGCCCCGGGUGUUAUUGAUUUUCCUUAUAUUUGUAUAGCAAAAACUUAAAAAUCUUCUUUGAAAAAACCCAAAUAGCUAGAGUUAAGAUAUUAAGCAUGAAACAUCUUCUAGUAAUUGUCUACAAAGUUUGUUCAAAUAAAAGCCCUGGGGUCAAAAUUGGCCCCGCCCCAGGGGUGUCAUUGGUUUUAACUAUAUAUUAUAUGUAUAGUAAAAACUUAAAAAAUCUCCUUUUAAAAAAACCCAAUGAGCUAGAGCUUAGAUGUUUAGCAUGAAACAUCUUCUUAUGGGUGUCUACCAAGUUUGUUCAAAAUAAAAGCCCUUGGGUUAAAAUUGGCCCUGCCAAGGGGGGGGGGAUGGAGGAGGGGGUAGAUUGUUGUUUUUCAUUAUAUGUGUGUAGUAAAUUUUAACAUCGUGAAAUAUCUUCUAAUGGGUGUCUUCCAAGUUUGUUUAAAUAAAAGCCCUGGGGUUUAAACUGGCCCCGCUCCGGGUGCCUUUAUACAGGUGAGCGACCUCAGGCCCAUCAUGGCCCUCUUGUUUAAAGUUUUGUUUUGAAGAAAUCAUGCAUUUGAAUAUUUUGAUUUAAAGAAAUUAAGCUUCUGGUAACUUGGAUUUCAUGAUUGUGUUUUGAAUAAUUUAGUUUAAUUGCUUUGUAUUGAAUAAUUCAAACUUUUGAUUUUGUUUUGUAUUGAAUAAUUCUGGCUUUAGGUAAGAUUAUUAUAUUUUGAAUGAUUAAGGCUUUAGUUUGGAUUAUUUUGUUCUGAAUAAUUCAGGUUUUGAUUUUUUAUGUUGAAAAAUUCAGGCUUUUGUUUGGAUAAUUUUGUUUUAAAUAUUUCUGGGUUUUGUUUAUUUUUAGCUUUUUAUAAAUCAUUUUUUGAAAAAAAGCUACAUUGAAUGUAGGCCAGAUAUUUUAAAAAUAUUUUGGGGUUUGUGACCUUAAAACUGCUUGAAGUGAUGAUAUUGUAGACUUAUGCCACCUGUUCGUUCCUGGUGAGAGCCUGCAGAGAAAGGUCAGUCUGCACUUCCAUGUAGUCUGAACAAACAUUAUUCUGUUUGCAACUGGAUUAUUCAGGUUUUUUGACAAUACUGCCUUACAUGAGUGGAUAUUUACAGAUACUUUAGGGUUUGUAAUCCAUUGGCGUUUAAAGUUACAUUAUUGAUUGGAGUCUCUGUUUAACAUUUUUUGUUACGUUUUUAUUAUCAUCUCACAUUUUUUUCUUGUGCCCUUUUAGGUAUUGCUUGAAAAUUUGUGUACUUGUUUUGACCUUGAACCACACUUUUAGGUAAGAAGCUAUAACUCUGUAAAGAAUUUUGAUCAAAUUAAUGCCUAACUUUUGACUUAUAAUUAAAUUUUUUUGUAUUUCAUCAUUUAUUACCUUUACCCUUUAAGUUAAAAUUGACUCAAACUGUCACAAAUUUAAUACAUAAACUGCCGUUGCCUUUCACUGUGUUAUAACCUACAGUAAUAGACAUAGCUUUCAUUGUUAGAACUGUAAUUCUCUAUAAGCUUUAACUCUUCACCUGCUGGAAUCAGAAAUGAUUAGCCUCUAUAUAGAAGAUAUUGGAUGAGUGUAAAUUCAAUAUUGAAUUUAUUGAAUGAGUUGAAUCAAUCCAGUUAUGAACUAACACAAAUAUGAUAUUCUGUUUAUCUCAUACCCAAAAUAAAGUCAGUUUUUCAUUGACGUGCUUAUAGUGUAAUGCUAACAUUCAGCAUGUUUUUACGCUAUAUUUGUAUAAUCCAACUAUUAUGUAAAAUCAAAAUUUAUGCACAGCCGUGCAUUACCAUUGUUACGGAGAUGCAAAUAGCGACAUGGGCCUGUGAUAAAACACUAUACAUGUAUUAGCCUCUAUAUAGCAUGUUGGUGCAGUCUGACCUGGCUUUCAGAACUUGUUGGCUGACUUACUUAACAAAGUUUCAUCAUGAUAUUUAGUCACUUCCGAGAAUGGUAGAUCGACAACAUUGAGUCCAUUAAAGAAAUUCAGCAGGUAAAGGGUUUUAAGUGUGAUAUUUGUGAUAUGAAUACAUGUAUUCUGUUGUGCAGUGACUGCAAAAUAUAAAUGAUUAUACAAUGUAUAUGUAAAUCAAUGAAUCUCAAUGUGUUAGUAUCUUAUAGGCCCAUUAUGCCUCGCUAUUCCAUAUAUAUUAAAUUGUUUAGAAAUUUAAAAAACAUGUGUUAAAGAAUGUUUUUAUAAUGGAUGUAGAGCAUGUUAGAUGUUUAACAGUUGAGGAAAGUCACAUUGAAUGUGCAGUUAUGUGUCAUAAUGGUAUCAUUAGACUUAUCCAUACAAAAUACUAAUUCAUUAUAAUUAUACCAUUUGCCAACAAAGCAAAAGGAGCAAAGAUAAUGUCAUGUUAUGAAAGACAUCAUGUUAUUUAUCAUGUUGUAAAUAAAUCAUGUUCUGAAUAUUAUCAUGUUUUCAAAGUAUCAUGUUUAUCAAUAAAUCCAUCAUUGAAAGUAUCAUAUUUCAAAACAUGUUCUGAAAGCUUUUUGUUAAUAUAUCUUUUUAUGAAUAAAUCCAGUGAAAGUUUCAUAUUUUGAAAACAUGUUUUGAAAGUUUCUUGUUAUCUUGUUAAUGAAUAAAUCCAGUUAUCAUGUUUAUGAAUACAUGUUUAUAAAUAUAUCAUGUUUAUGAAUUUAUCCAUUGAUGAAAGAAUCAUUGUAAUAAAAAUUUAAUGUUUUGAAUAUAUUAUGAAUAUACUGUAUUUUGAUAAUACAAUUUUAUGAAUAAAUUAUGCUGUUAAUAUGUUAUGAUAUGAAUGAAUAAUGUAUAGAAAAUAUCAAUCAAUUUAUAUGAAAGUUAUGUUUUGAAAAUAUCAUGUUAUGAAUGAAUAAUUGUUUGAAUAUAUUGGGUUUUUUUUUCCCAUACAUUAUGUACUGUUAUUGUACUUAUUGUGAUAUUAUAAAUUAUUUAUUGUAGUCUCUGUGACAGUCUCAUUUUCAGUGCAAAAAAAUAAAAAAUGUAUUUUCCUUUGCAA